CAAACGCCACCACUCUCCACAAUAGGCCCUGGCGGCCUGGCCCCAGCUCUCUCUCUCUCUCUCUCUCUAAGGAGCUUUGCGAAGUCUCAAUCUGAAGCUCCCCCAUCUGUUGCCAUGGCGGCCGGACUUUGCGUCGCCGCGACCCCUAAACCCUUCCGUCUCUUCCACCACUCCCACCUCGUACAAAAACCCACUCCCCUCUUCACUCCCUCAGUUCUCCGCCACAGAACAAUCCACAAAUCCCGAAGGAAAACAUUCUUCACUGUCUGCGUCAUCGUGGAGGACCAAAAACAAAGUAGUCAGCUGGGGACUCUUAAAGAUGAAACUACCGAUGGUACGAAUUAUCAGAUCCCAUCCACUCGUGCGGCUGAGAGGUUGGCCGUGAAAAGAUCCGAGAGGUCCACUUAUCUAGUAGCUGCUAUCAUGUCUAGCCUUGGUAUUACUUCCAUGGCUGUCAUGGCUGUUUAUUAUAGAUUUUCUUGGCAAAUGGAGGGGGGCGAGGUACCUUUGUCUGAAAUGUUUGGUACAUUUGCUCUCUCUGUGGGUGCUGCUGUGGGUAUGGAGUUUUGGGCAAGGUGGGCGCACAAAGCUCUAUGGCACGCUUCCUUAUGGCAUAUGCAUGAGUCCCACCAUCGACCUAGGGAAGGUCCGUUCGAGCUCAACGACGUUUUUGCCAUCAUCAACGCUGUCCCAGCCAUUGGUCUCCUUUCCUAUGGUUUCUUCCACAAAGGCCUUGUACCUGGUCUGUGUUUUGGUGCUGGUCUUGGCAUUACAGUGUUCGGCAUGGCCUACAUGUUUGUCCACGAUGGUCUGGUCCAUAAAAGAUUCCCAGUUGGGCCAAUUGCCAACGUGCCCUAUUUCAGAAAGGUCGCAGCUGCUCACCAGCUUCAUCACACUGAAAAGUUCCAUGGUGUGCCAUACGGUUUUUUCUUGGGACCUGAGGAGCUGGAAAAGGUGGGAGGCUCGGAAGAGUUGGAAAAGGAGAUUAAUCGGAGGAAGCAAAUGAUCAGAUAAAUUAUAAGGGACGUUCACGAGUGAUCAGUCUUCAUGAAUGGGAACCCGUUUUGUUACACAGAUUGAUAUGAGGCAACGUACGUAUAUCAUGCAUAUAUAUAUAUAUACAUGAUAUAGUUGAUCAUCAGGGAUAGAUAUGGUCAAUGGUUUUAAUUGA